UCUCUCUCAUUUGUCUCAACCUCCCAUAUCCAUUGUCCCAUAUAUCUCAAACAAAGAGAGAACUCAAAGAUUCAGCAAGUAGUUACGUUAUUAUCAUCGGUGGAGGUAGAAGAUGUUGGGAAUUUUCAGCGGAGCUAUAGUAUCGCUACCGGAAGAGCUGGUUGCAGCCGGCAGUCGAACUCCGUCUCCAAAGACAACCGGGGCGACUCUAGUUAACAAGUUCGUCGAGAAAAACCCAUCCGCUGUGUCCGUACAAGUCGGCGACUAUGUGCAGCUUGCGUAUACCCACCACAAAGAGAGUCCUCUCCGGCCGAGGUCAUUUGGGGCUAAAGAUGAGAUAUUCUGCUUGUUCCAAGGCUCACUUGACAACCUAGGAAGCUUAAAGCAGCAAUACGGGCUUGCAAAGAAUGCAAACGAGGUUCUCUUGGUCAUCGAGGCUUACAAGACUCUCCGUGACAGAGCUCCUUACCCGGCUAACCACGUAGUGUCUCACCUAAGUGGCGAUUUCGCCUUUGUGGUCUUUGAUAAAUCAACCUCCACACUGUUUGUAGCCUCUGACCAAGUUGGUAAGGUUCCAUUGUAUUGGGGGAUAACAGCUGAUGGAUAUGUAGCAUUUGCUGAUGAUCUUGACUUGCUAAAAGGUGCUUGUGGGAAAUCACUUGCUUCUUUCCCUCAAGGCUGUUUCUACUCGACUGCUUUAGGUGGGCUUAGGAGCUUUGAGAAUCCUAAGAACAAGAUCACUGCCAUUCCUGCUAAAGAGGAAGAGAUUUGGGGAGCUACCUUCAAGGUGGAAGGAGCAACAGUUCUUGCAGACUGAGAAAGAGAACUCUAACAGCAAAAAGAAAUAAUGAUGUAGAAAAAAACAAGCUGUCCUAUGAGUUCUUUAAAGCUAUCAAUGGUUGGUGAUGGUGUGUUUAGUGUUGUAUCUCUCCUUUGUCUUUUGUUUCUUUGUACAGCCCUUGUCUGUCUCUUCUGGUGUUUUUAGUGUCUUCAUCCCAAUAAAUUAACUUUCUCUUAA